AUGCUACCCCUUGGGUUGCGAGUCCUUGACAAACUCGAGGGGCUUAUUGAUCACCACAUGCGUUCGCUGGAUGCGAGUAAAGUUUCCUUAUCGUCCUUGACCUCCGAGUCAUUGUGGAAGAAAACCGGACGGUAUGAGAAAGUGCAGUCAGAGCUUUUCGGAGUCACCGACCGUAGAGAAUCGGGAUUCGUGCUCGCCCCGACUCAUGAGGAGGAGAUCACGAGUAUUGUCGGAGAUUCUAUACGAAGCUCCUCCGACCUGCCCCUACGGCUCUACCAGAUCACUCGAAAAUACCGCGAUGAACUAAGACCUCGACAAGGUCUUCUACGGGCCAAAGAGUUCAUCAUGAAGGAUCUGUAUACAUUCGAUGCGGAUCAUGACAGCGCCCUCCAAGCGUAUGACGCCGUAAAAGAGGCAUAUAACGCUCUCUUCACCAACCUAGGCCUGCCAUUCGUGGUUGCACAGGCAGACUCCGGAGUCAUGGGCGGCAGCCUCAGCCACGAAUACCACUACCUAUCACCAGAUGGCGAAGACACGGUGCACAUCUGCGGGACAUGCGGGUACGCCGUGAACGACGAAGCAGUCGACGCCACCGCACAGCAAACCGCCGCAACCAACGCAACCGACGGCCCCGCCACCGGCAUCAUCUGUCCGAAAUGCCCUGACGACACGAACUCCACCCUGGCGCCGCAACGCGCCGUCGAAGUCGGCCACACCUUCCACCUCGGCACGCGCUACACGGCGCCGCUGCACGCGACCGUCUCCAUCGCCGGAAAAGACACGCCAAUGCACAUGGGGUGCCACGGGAUCGGCGUAUCGCGCCUGAUGGCCGCGGUGGCGUCACAGCUGUCGGAUGCCACGGGGCUGGUGUGGCCGCGCGCGAUCGCACCGUUCGACGUGGCAGUGAUCCCGAAAUCUCUCCCGGGGUCGCCGUCUUGGCUGCUGGUGGAGCGGGUGUAUGAGAGGCUCCGGUCGGUACGUGUGCCGAACAGGAGUGGAGGGGGUGCGCGGCUGGACGUGGCGGUGGACGAUCGCAGCGGGAAGAAGACGAGGUCGUUGGUCUGGAAGCUCAACGAGGCGGAUGUGGUGGGAUAUCCGAUUGUCUUGGUGGUGCCGGGGAGGAACGGGGAUGGGUCGGUUGAGGUGCAGUGUCGACGGCUGGGCGUCAAGGAAUCGGUGAAGGUAGAAGACCUGGUGCACAAGGUGCAGGAAUUGUCGACAAAGCUCUAA